GGGUCUCCCUGUUUGCAAGUGGGCUAUUAUUUUUAGCAGUCAUGCCCUAUUUCUGCAGAGAUUUGACAUUGGCGCGCAUACUUGCUUGUACUGUAUUUUGCAGAGAAAAAGAGAGAGAGAAAUAGAGAGAGAGAGAGAGGCCAACAUUUGUCGUUUCGUUUUUUCUUAAUCAAUGCAUUUUUUUUUCUUUCACAGAUUUUCCUCCUCUGGAUUUAAGAUGAGUUGGAGGCGUGUGUCGUCCCCCCCCCGUGCUUGAAGGAUAAACACUCCCAGCUUGUGUGCACAUCUGCCGCUGCAACAGAGGGCCUAGAUUUAAGAAUGACAGGCUCUGAUUUGUCAAUGGCGGCCCAGAGAGGGAAAUGGUCACGUGUUUAAUUGAGAAGACGAGCUUAUCGGAGUGAAUGACGACGACGACUUCACAGUAUCAAGUAUGUGCUUUUCCAAUCAUAAAUACAUACUCAAACAUGAGACAAAUAUAUUCAUACGGCUACGUACUUCAUGUUUUCUGUCUCAGAGUUCGAACUUUUAAUCAAAUAACUGAAGCUAACUGAAGUUAGCAAAGCAGGUUUUUAGCUAGGUGGAACCAACAAAAUGUCUGCUUUACUUCCGGUUUGGAUCAAUCUUCUACAUGUAAUAUUCAUACGCUAUGUACUUCAUGUUUUCUGUCUCAGAGUUCGAACUUUUAAUCAAAUAACUGAAGCUAACUGAAGUUAGCAAAGCUAAGGUUUUAGCUAGGUGGAACCAACAAAAUGUCUGCUUCACUUCCGGUUUGGAUCAAUCUGCAUGUAAUAUUCAUCCUCCAUAAAGCUCAUUUAUUACGGAGACAGGUGCUGCUCUUUGUGUCCUAUCAGACUGAACAUGUUUAAUGGAUCAACAACAAGCAGAGAUGGCGGAUGUACAAAAGGAACUACCUGUAGGCAUCCCAUCCUGUGGUGUGCCAGCUGCAGUGUCUGUUUGACUUUCAACCUAUUACUUGGGUGUGUUAAGCAUCAAGUCCUCAUGAAAAACAUCUCCUGGCUUAUCCGUGUAAUCCGCUCUUAGCGGCUUUCAGCGCGGAGCCUUAAUUCUCUCACGAGGAUGCUGGAAGAAGAGGAUGGAGUGGGAUGGGGGGGGGACUGAGCUGGACUGAGACCCAUUUGUAACUUAUAGUCUAGGAAAGCCUCCACACAGUGUGGAAUCAGUGUAAAGUGAAAGUGGAGCGGCACGGCGACUGCAAAAAAAAAAAAAAAAAUGGGAAUGUUUGCUUUUUUUGAAUGCAACUCCCGUGAGGAAAAGAGCAGGUGAACACAAUAGAGAGCAUCGACCCGCACGCGCCUCAUCCAUCUCUUGUUGCUUUGCAGACGUGCACACAAAAGCCAUGUGCUGAUAGUGGCUUCCAGUGUCAGCUGCAGCCUCCAUCCUCCACCCCUCGCUCCCUUUCUCUCUCUCUGUCUCUCUCUCUUUCUUUCUUUCAGAGGAUGCAAUCAUGUGAUUGGCUGAUGCCUCGCAGGAGUGGAUGCGAGCAGGAUGCAGUUGGAGAGGCGGCUGCCAGGAAGCUGGGGUUGGAUGCGUCUGUCAUGGACUUGAGCGCAACUUGCUAAGGAAAACAUGUUUGGAUGUCAUAUUUGACUCAUCAUGACUUAUGGAGCGAACUGCUUUUAAAAUGUGUUUCUUCGUAUAAAUGUGCGUUCCGGUAGUGGAUCACCACCCGCGCUGCGCCUGUGGAACGAUGUGACCUCCCCGUUUCCGAAGCAGGGUGAAGAUGCCGGUGAUGAAGGGGCUGCUGGCCCCUCAGAACACCUUCCUGGAUAACAUCGCCACUCGCUUUGAUGGCACCCUAACUUCCUGUUGGGAAACGCUCAGGGCCACCGCGGCUACCCCAUCGUCUACUGCUCGGAUGGCUUCUGUGAGCUGACGGGCUUCACCAGGACCGAAGUGAUGCAGAAGAACUGCAGCUGCCGCUUCCUGUACGGCACCGACACCAGCGAGCAUGUGGCCCAGCAGAUGGAGAAGGCCCUCGAGAGCCGAGAGGAGUACCAGGCCGAGGUCCACUUCUACAGGAAGAAUGGUAUAGCAUUCUGGUGUCUCUUGGACAUUGUGCCCAUCAAGAACGAGAAGGGGGAAAUGGUUCUCUUUCUAUUCUCGUUCAAGGACAUCACAGACAGCCACGGGAAAAGUCAUCACAACAGCAGGAGGGAAGUUUCGGAGGACAAGCGGCGCAGGCGGAAGGGCGGCUCUCAUUUGAGCGAGGCCAGGAAGCGAGGGCGCACCAUGUUGUACCAGCUCACCAACCACUUCUCCAGCGGGGGCAAAGGGGAGGUCAACCUGGGCAGUAGCAUGAUUGACAGGCCCUCGGUACCGGAGUACAAGGUGGCAGCGGUACAGAAGUCCCGCUUCAUCCUCCUGCACUACAGCGUGUCCAAAGCGCUGUGGGACUGGCUCAUCCUCCUGGCCACCUUCUACGUGGCCGUCACGGUGCCCUACAACGUCAGCUUCACACCAUACCACGACACGCUGACGGCGGGGCGCUCCACCAUCGUCAGUGACAUUGCGGUGGAAAUGCUCUUCAUCAUCGAUAUCAUCCUAAAUUUCCGUACCACGUUUGUGAGCCAGUCGGGCCAGGUGGUGUACCAGUCCCGCUCCAUUUGCAUUCACUAUGCCACCACUUGGUUCUUCGUGGACUUGGUGGCCGCUCUGCCCUUUGACCUGUUGUAUGCCUUCAACAUCACAGUGACCUCGCUGGUCCACUUGCUGAAGACCGUGCGUCUGCUGAGGCUCCUUCGCCUGCUCCAGAAACUGGACCGCUACUCGCAGUACAGCGCCAUGGUACUGACUCUACUCAUGUCUGUGUUCGCUCUGCUUGCUCACUGGAUGGCCUGCAUCUGGUACAUGAUCGGACGCAAGGAGAUCGAGACCAGCGACUCCUGGGACAUAGGAUGGUUACAUGAGCUAGGCAAACGUCUCGAGAUGCCCUACGUCAACAAUACGGUUGGCGGCCCAUCGGUGCGAAGCUCAUACAUCGCCGCCCUCUACUUCACCCUCAGCAGCCUGACCAGCGUUGGCUUUGGGAACGUGUGCGCCAACACAGACGCCGAGAAGAUCUUCUCCAUUUGCACCAUGCUCAUCGGCGCCUUAAUGCACGCCUUGGUCUUUGGGAACGUGACGGCUAUUAUCCAGAGGAUGUAUUCCCGUCGCUCUCUCUACCACACGCGGAUGAAGGACCUGAAGGACUUCAUCCGCGUCCACGGACUCCCCCAGCAGCUCAAACAGCGCAUGCUCGAAUACUUCCAGACAACGUGGUCGGUCAACAAUGGAAUAGAUGCCAACGAGCUCCUCCACGACUUCCCCGACGAGCUGCGGGCGGACAUCGCCAUGCACCUGAACAAGGACAUCCUCCAGCUGCCCGUCUUUAAGGGCGCCAGCCGAGGGUGCCUGCGCUCGCUCUCCCUCCACAUCAAAACCUCCUUCUGCGUCCCCGGCGAGUACCUGAUCCGCCAGGGCGACGCCCUACACGCCAACUACUUUGUUUGCUCCGGUUCCUUGGAGGUGCUGAAGGACGGCAUGGUGCUGGCCAUACUGGGAAAAGGAGACCUGAUAGGAUCCGACCUUCCUGGAACCGAUCAGGUGAUCAAGACCAAUGCCGACGUGAAGGCCCUGACCUACUGCGACCUCCAAUACAUCAGUGUGCGUGGGCUGCGGGAAGUGCUGGACCUCUAUCCUGAGUACGCCAAUGUCUUCGCUUCAGACAUCCACAACAACCUGACCUACAACCUCCGGGAGGGAAGCCAAGAUGAGGGUCUCAGCAGGUUUUCAAGGUCGCCCCGGAUCCCCCAUGAGCCCAGACUGACCUCCAUCGUGGAAACCAAAAGCGAGGAUCUUGACGACUCCUUCCGCCUCUCUCCGGCCACCCGCUCCCGCCGUAACCUCCUGCUGCCCAGCUUAAGCAGCCCCGUGCGCCGCACGUCCCUGGGCAACCUCCUCGGCGACGAGCUGCGUCAGUUCAACGCCCUGCGACGCUGCCGCUCCCCGAAUCUGAGCCGCGGCUUCCACGGUCAGAGCGCCUCGCCUCAGCCACCUCCGAAAAGAGAGCAUGUGGUCUCUCCGGCGGUGUCCAUGUCCUCCCAGGACGAGACGGGGACGGAGCAGAAGCCAUCGAAGCUGCUUAUCCCGACUGUCACCUGUUUUGGACCCCCGGAUCUUAGUCCAAGGGUCGUGGAUGGAAUCGAGGACAAUGGACACGCAUUCCAUUUCAAUGUGGAGCACACCGGGCCCAAAGCCAGAACAGGAAGCGGCAGCAGCGGCAGCACCCAAGAUUCCACACGGGUGACUUCUCAUUUACUUCUGGAGGCCGAGGAGGUCCGGCAGAGCAUCAGCAAACUCCACCAAAAGAUGGGCACGUUAAACCAGGAAGUAUCAGAGCUCACCAAGGGUCUGCAGCACAUGAUGCAUCUCCUCCAAGCCCACGUGUCCUCCACACAUCAGUACCCCUACCCAUAUAUACACCAAAUGGUGCCCACCCCCUCCAGGGCGCCCUCCUUCAACGUGGGCAGCCAUGACAGCCACAGCCUACCAAGCGUGCCCCCUUGUGGCCACUGGAGCCACCACACCGCCACUCCUCAUCGAGGGCUACCCCAGCAUCACAGCUCCACGCCCCCAUGGACCGCCCCGUCUCUUCUCGGCACCGCAGGAAGCUUCCCGAGCGACAACCCGGGCUUGGUGCCUCACUCCGGAUGCGCCGACCCCCUCAGCAGACCUCUGAGUGCAAGCCUCACCACCAUCAGUCAGUCUCAGCCCACUUUGUGCCUGCAGCCCGCCGCCGACGGCAACCAACGGUCUUGCUUUCGUACGGGCUCAUCCACAGACAGCCUCCUGGCUCCGCCCACCACUUCCUCUUACCCGCUCCUCAACCUCCAAACACAUUCCCGUCUCACUUCAGCCCAAACGUCACACGACGACACGCAAGCGGAAGUCGCUCAUGCCACUUUACUCCCGGAUUCUACGCCUGCAUGCGUCCUGGGCAUCAACAGGGACGGCGUGUCGUCGCCGAGGUCCAGCAUCGGUGUCCAGACGCAGAGCACGGAGAUGUCCUGGUGUCUGGACAUCACAGAUUGAAGUUCAUGCAGCUUCUAACAGUGUUUUGUUGAUAAAAACCCUGCAGGUCCGCUUACUCGAAUUCCCACAGGAUGUCAUGUUUGUCCAACAGCGUCAUUCAAAAUACGACUACUAGGGGGGGUAAUGUCAUAAUUAAUACAAUAAUUAACAAUUAUGGCAUUUAUGGUUUUGAAGCAAUAAUGUUGCAGUCAUAUGAGAAUACGAAGAAAAAGGAAACGAUUCUUCCCAACGAUUCUUGGAGCGAAGUUCUCCAGGGCUUUCAUACCCCUGGUUGGGGUCACCCGGGGAGGGACGACACAAAGAGUGGCUCAUCAGACCCGAAUGAUGAUAGAUUUCCCUUGCCCACAUGCGGGUCACCUGGGACCCCCUCUGGAGCCAGAACUGGAGUUGGGGCACGAUGGCCGGACCUGAGGGAAAAGAUUUGCAGCAUCAAUGUGUAAGCAUUCUACAUGACAAGCUAAGGUCAUCGUAUUGUCUCAGAAGAUGUUUCGCCUCUCAGCCAAGCAGGCUUCAUCAGUUCUUGCCCUAAGACCAGGUGGGACGCACACCAACCUCUCUCGCAAAGUGUUGGCAGGUUUGAUGUUUUUCUGGGUAUUGGGUGUCCUGUCUUUGGGGCGUACCAACCUCUGUGUUAGCAGGUUUGAUGUUUUUCUGGGUAUUGGGUGUCCUGUCUUUGGGGCGUACCAACCUCUGUCGCAAAGUGUUAGCAGGUUUUACGUUUUUCUGGGUAUUGGGUCUCCUGUCCUUGGGCGUACCAACCUCUGUCGCAAAGUGUUAGCAGGCUUGAAGUUUUUCUGGGUAUUUGGUGUCCUGUCUUUGGGGCGUACCAACCUCUGUGUUAGCAGGUUUGACGUUUUUCUGGGUAUUGGGUCUCCUGUCUUUGGAACCUACCAACCUCUGUCACAAAGUGUUAGCAGGUUCAAGGUUUUCUGGGUAUUGGGUCGCCUGUCUUUGGGACAUACCAACCUUUGUCUCAAAGUGUUUGCAGGUUUGAAGUUUUUCUGGGUGUUGGGUGUCCUGUGUUUGGGCCAUACCAACCUCUGUGUUAGCAGGUUUGAUGUUUUUCUUUGUAUUGAGUGUCCUGUCUUUGGGGCGUACCAACCUCUGUCACAAAGUGUUAGCAGGUUCAAGGUUUUCUGGGUAUUGGGUCCGCCUGUCUUUGGGACGUACCAACCUCAGUCUCCAAGUGUUAGCAGGUUUGACUUUUUUCUGGGUAUUGGGUGUCCUGUCUUUGGGACGUACCAACCUCUGUUGCAAAGUGUUAGCAGGUUUUGCGUUUUUCAGGGUAUUGGGUGUCCUGUCUUUGGGACAUACCAACCUCUGUCACAAGGUGCUAGCAGAUUCAAGGUUUUCUGGGUAUUUGGUCUCUGGGGUCUACCAAGUGUUGGCAGGUUUUACGUUUUUCUGGGUGUUGAGUCUCCUGUCUUUGGGUCUCCUGUCUUUGGGGCUUUCUGUACUCUGUCUCCAAGUGUUAGCAGGUUUUACGUUUUUCCGGGUAUUGGGUCUCCUGUUUUUGGGAUGUACCAACCUCAGUCUCAAAGUGUUAGCAGGUUUUACGUUUUUCUGGGUAUUGGGUGUCCUGUCUUUGGGCUGUACCAACCUCUGUCGCAAAGUGUUAGCAGGUUUUGCAUUUUUCAGGGUAUUGGGUCUCCUGUCUUUGCGGCGUACCAACCUCUGUGUUAGCAGGUUUGAUGUUUUUCUCUGUAUUGAGUGUCCUGUCUUUGGGACGUACCAACCUCUUUCUCAAAGUGUUAGAAGGUUUUACGUUUUUCUGGGUAUUGGGUCUCCUGUCUUUGGAGCCUACCGACCUCUGUCGCAAAGUGUUAGCAGGCUUGAAGUUUUUCUGGGUAUUGAGUCUCCUGUCUUUGGGGCUUUCUGACCUCUUUCUGAAAGUAUUAGCAGGUUUUACGUUUUUCUGGGUAUUGGGUCUCCAAUCUUUGGGCCGUACCAACCUCUGUCACAAAGUGUUAGCAGGUUCAAGGUUUUCUGGGUAUUGGGUCUCCUGUCUUUGGGGCUUUCUGAACUCUGUCUCAAAGUAUUAGCAGGUUUUACGUUUUUCUGGGUAUUGGGUCUCCAAUCUUUGGGCCGUACCAACCUCUGUCUCCAAGUGUUAGCAGGUGCAUCUGGUUCCAGAAAAAGGUGCAUGAUUAAGAAAAGAGUCGCAGACAUAAAAACUUAGAUUUUUAACAAACACAACGUAGUAGUGGACUUCAAACCUGCUAAUAUUGUGAG